AACAAAGAGUAUAUGUUGGACAACAGCGUGCGGUGCGAUGACUUGUGUCUUCGUUUAAUCUGUUACAAUAAUGCGUGAAGAAGUACACCGUAAGGAGACGCUGAGUUGUCAUUUUUGGGGAAAAUGAAAAUCAAGUAACAUUAAUACUACUGUAAUAUUCGUAAAGGAAGGACUCUUCUCAGUAUUACAUUUUUUAAAUAUUUAAUAGUUAAUAACAAAUAAUAAUCAAGCAAUAUGUGCGUCCAUAGUAAGAGACUGGAUUUCCCUGUUCGCAUUUGUUGAAGCACACAAAAAGCACACGUCAUUAGGAUUAUUUGUUUGUUGGACGUUCCCACGUGCCACCGUCGAGUAUUUAUGUAACAUACAGUAGACGCAACGCAAACUUGAGUCAGUUGGGAGAAUACAUAUCUUGUCUGAUUGCGCAUGCUCUUUGCUGUGUUGCUACUCAGUUGUUGUAGUUACCAGGAAGAUUAACCGCGAUGAUUAACUGGUCGCGGUGAUACCAGCUAGCUGGCAGCAAGCAGCACCCCAGAGAAAAAGGCAAGCUUACGUUGCGUCAGGUGCCAUGGUAAGACCUGGAUGCUUGAUGUCAGGAGGAUUUCACCGGGCAGCUCGUCCUCUUUCACCGUGAAGAUGCCCGCGGUGACCCGCGACGAGGACGACUCCGAGUCUUCUUCAGAAGACGAAGACCACCCCUGCGUGGCCUGGAGUGGCCUCAGCAAGACCAUCCCAGUUCUCUUGUUUUUCCCUGAAGCUGCUGUUACGAAAGAUGGGGACAUCUGCUCUACUGGAGAGCGCUACAAUAUGGCCUUCAAGAUUGUUCGCACAGAGAGUCGCCUGGUACGAGGACUACUCACCAAUCAUGGAUUCCAUGAGGUUCACCCGAACAGCAACGACUUCAACCUCAUGUGGACAGGAUCUCACCUCAAGCCUUACAUACUGCGCAGCCUUCAAGACUUUCAGAAGGUCAACCACUUUCCAAGAUCGUAUGAAUUGACACGCAAAGACCGCCUGUAUAAGAACAUCCAGCGGAUGCAGCAGACUCACGGCUUCAAAAACUUCCACAUUGUCCCUCAGACUUUCGUGCUUCCCUCUGAGUACCAGGAGUUCUGCAAUUGUUUUGCGAAGGACAAGGGCCCCUGGAUCAUAAAACCAGUGGCAUCUUCAAGAGGGCGAGGCAUCUACUUGGUCAGCAAUCCGAGUCAGAUUUUAAUGGACGAGAACAUCUUGGUGUCCCGCUACAUCAAUAACCCACUCCUGAUAGACGAGUUCAAGUUCGAUGUGCGGUUGUACGUGUUAGUAACAUCGUACGAUCCGGUCCUCAUCUACGUGUAUGAGGAGGGCCUGGCCAGAUUUGCCACCGUGAAGUAUGACCAGACUUCAAAGAACAUUAAGAACACGUUCAUGCAUCUCACCAACUACAGCGUGAACAAAAAGAGCAGCGAUUAUGUCAGUUGCGAUGACCCUGAAGUUGAGGAUUAUGGGAACAAGUGGAGUAUGAGUGCAGUGCUGAGGUAUUUGAAGCAGGAGGGGAAGGACACCACAUUGCUGAUGCGACAGGUGGAGGACCUCGUCGUCAAAUCGGUACUGAGCGCUGAACUGCAGAUAGCCAACGCCUGCAAGACGUAUGUUCCCCACAAAACCAACUGCUUCGAGCUGUAUGGUUUUGACGUGCUCAUUGACUCCAACCUGAAACCCUGGUUGUUAGAGGUGAACCUUUCUCCCUCCCUGGCCUGUGAUGCGCCCUUGGAUCUGAAGAUAAAGGCCAGCAUGAUUGCAGACAUGUUUUCACUUGUGGGCUUGGUGUGUCACGACCCCCUAUUGAGACAACCGCGGUCUGACCGAGUUCCCCUGGACCCCAGCCUCAAGCACCCAGCAGCCCAAAGGACGCAGCGUCAGAGGCCCACUGCAGCCAGUAACUCAGACACAGACGGGUCAAAAGACAAGCCCGGACCCAAGCAGGGCCAAGGAGACAGCACGUUGAGCUUGACAGCAGAAGAGAUCAAAGUGCUCAGGAGGAUAAAGGAAGAGGACGAGAGACGGGGAGGCUUCGUCAGGAUCUUCCCCACCGCAGAAACCUGGGAGCGCUACGGUGGAUAUCUGGAGUCGAAGACAUCGAUGAAUUACAUGUUGGCAAACCGACUUUUCCAUGGAAGGAAUGUCAGCGGGAAGACGCAGCUGAGGGUGGAGGCCGUCCACAGAUGUCACGAUGUCCAGUACGAGAGGAAGCUGCUGUCCCUGGAUGCACGGAAGAGGAGACAGCGCCACCGGACCGAUCGCUCUGCUGCGGAGAAGAAGAAAUCUGGGAAGGAAUCCAAGGCCUCCCUGAGGGAGAGCAGCAGUCAGGAGGGAGAGGAGUGCGCCCAGGAGGAAAGGGAGGAGGGGAAACUACCUCGCGAGCCGGUCUCACACAGGGCUUUGGUAACGGAGCAAAGAAAACAAAUGGCCACACCGCUGGAGCGCCGCCACGGCGAGGCUCCGUCCAGCUCGGAGGCAGCCACACACAACGCCAGGCGCACGGUCGACCUGCUCAACAUCCUUCAGCAGGGCUGGGACCUCAGUAAAGUGCAGGCCCGGAUGGCCUUCUCCUCAUACCUGCUGCGAGUCCAGCAGAGACUGCUGGCAGAAAGCAGGGCAAAUACCAUCCCGGCUUGGCCAGACGAGGACAACGACCAAGUGGAGCUAGUGAUUCGCUUCCUGAGAAGAGCAGCUAGUAACCUUCAACAGGAAAUCAAGGUGGUCUUGCCCAGUCGACAGCUUUCACUCCAAGACCGCAGACGCAUCCUGUCCCACCAGCUAGGAGAGUUUAUCCACUGUUACAACAAGGAAACUGAACACGUGGUGAAAAAAGCCGAGAAGAGCCAAGAGGAGCACUGUGUUAAUCCCAGUGUGUUUCAGGAGUACAUCACUGCAGCAAGUGAAAACGAUCUGGAGGAAGUACUGACGUUCUACACACAGAAAAAUAAAUCUGCCACCGUUUUCCUCGGAACAAAAGUCAAGAGUGUCAGGAAAGACGUUCAUGAAGUAAAUGCCUUAAGAAACUGUGAGAACUCCAAAACUCUGCCUGUGGCCAAAGAGGAUUCCAGCGCUUCGGAGUCCUCGCUCUCCGGAGGGAAAGUCAGCAGCGACCCAGACAUCAAGACCACGGAGCGCCGCCCGUCUGUCCGCGCCGGAGACACGCGGCCGGCUGGCGGAACUGGUCAAUCCCAGCCGGAGGUCCGGGCCUCCCAACACCGCUCCGGCUUUCCCGUGACCUUAGAUCUGCAGCACCGCUCCACAGCCCCGACGUCUCUGCCUCUCCACUGCCCGCCGCCCCCGCCGCCGCCGCCCCCCCCUCUUCGGCCGCCGUCCUACGCUCAGUCCUUAGCCAAGUCUCAGUUCUGCCAUCCGGAUGCUGCCUCUGACCCCCCUGCGUACACCCCCGCCCUCGUGGUCACGCAGCCACCCAGAGCAAUGUGGACAGCCGUUCCCGCUGGCUGUGACCCAACGAUGCCCACCCAGGGGCUCAGGAGGAUCCAGUCCUUUACCUCAUCAUCGUCCAGCUCUGGAGCGGCCUCUUCCAUGCCGAGUGCCUCGCACAUCUACAGCCAGAAGCUCUCUAGACCCACCUCUGCAGGCCAAGUCAUCAGGACGAGCAGUUCCAGUAAGCCGAAGUCCAACUCAGCCGGGACCUUCAAGGAGUUAAACUCGCUGUCGGCACAAGCCCAGUCCAACCGGCGGGCUUUCAUCUCAGCCCUGCAGAAGCUGGCUGACAAGCAGGUUGCUCGCCACUAUGCCAGCUCCAGUCACAUCAACCUGGCACAAAACUUGAACAACCUGAACCUGGCAAACAGGAUGCUGAGCAGAGAGAACGUCUCCCUGAACACCAAAGCGCGGCGCACUGCCGCUACAACCCAAGGGCCGGUGAAAGCCGUUCACUCCGGAGCAGAUCUAUGUAGCAGCAGCACUGGCCACAUGCCGAUGAAGCGCGAGGAGGUUCUUCGGGAUGGUCGGAUGCAGAGUGCCUGUGGCUUGGGGACGGGGGUGAACCCCCUCCAGCGCUACCUGCCCACCCAGGAGAGCUACCAGCUUCAGUUUGCAAUACAGCAAUUGCAACAGCAACGACUUCAGUCUCGACAAUUUCUGGACCAAAGCCAUCACAGACACCAGGCUCGAUUCCCAGACCAGACGCAUACUCCUCACGCCGAGGCUCCCAAAACCUCAUCCGGCUCCUCGGCCACCUUUCAUGCCGCGUCCAAUCCCAGCCACGGCCCCGGCCCCCUUCAGACCUCUGUUCGUCCUGCUCUCGCCCCGAAGCCGCCCAGCAGUGCCCGGGAGGGACACAUCAGGAAAACGGACAAGCGCCUCAUCAAGCAGACGUCCGCGGAGAGUUCAGCCAGUGGCCGUCAUGUGGUCUACGAAGCCGUCUGUGGUAAAACAGGUCUCUCUGCGUACCGCAAUCUGUUCCAGGGCCAGGAGCCCGGCCACAGAUGACAUGAAAGCGACCGGCGGCCCGCCCCGCCCCUCUGCUGGCCCGACAGGUGUCUCUGCAUGUAACCACAUCCCUCACAGAGGUGUAUUUUGGGAAAGGACAAAAGCCACAGAUGGAAGCGUCACAGACAUCAAACGGGGGGUCCUAUCGAAUGUCCCCAUGAUCCAGCCCCACGCAAGAGGAUAGUCUUCCAGGCCAGGAACUCCAGGGCUUUGAUGCAGGUCGGGAUUCUAUCUGCUCAGCCCGGCCUUCGAUGGCCUCUUCAGCUCCAUCCCGACCUGCCCUCCCUCCCUCUGGUCACCCUACACCCGUCCCUGUGCGCUUGUCCCACCGACACCGCCGAAGACUUCACCGACAGAUGGCCUUCAUCAGAUGGCUCGUCAUUGACAGCGUUUCGAUUUUAUCUUCCUGAAAAGUUCUACAAACAGCACGAAAGGACGCAAAGAGAAGGAUGAGAAGGAUCAGGCAGUCCAACUCCAGGUCCUUGUUUGACGUUGCUGCCCCAUCAUACACGUUGGGAAGGAUGUGCUUGGUUGUAGCAUCCUCGGCACGACGAUGUAGCGAUGUUGCUGGGAUGGUUAAGUUGUAGAUCAAGAUCAGAAUACAGUUGGAUUGUCAUUAUUCCUCUGAAUUGUCGGGAUGUGGAUGUUGUUUUUUUUUUUUUUUGAUGGACCAAAAGUAACAUUUUUUGUAGACUAAAUGAGUGUUAUUGGGUCAGUAAUUAUUUACUGUAAAUUGUCGACCAAACAGCCUAUUUGGCCAUUUCUGUAGCUGAAGGCAUCAAGACGUUGUGCGGCUAUGCACAGCCUUGACUACAACGAAGGUUAACAUUGCUCUCAGAGAUCAAUGCUCAUGUGGAUAUUCUGUUGCUUUGUGGCCGUUUAGCGAGUUAACUCAGGGUGUGUUGAUAGAAUAAAACCAUUUGUGUUGAAUAUCAAAAGAUUCCGAAUAUUUGUGGUGACUUUGAGCGCAAUACUUGAAUGUCGUGCAUGUUUUUAUCAUAUCAACUGAUGAUUGUCAUCAUAGUCUUUUUGUACAGUCGUUUUUAACGCGGUAACACAGAACUGCUUUUAAGUCCAUUUUAUUGGGGUAUUUUUUUAGUAAUGAUGUUUAACUCAAUCUUGUUGAUUUACUACUUUGGGCCAGUGCAUGAUGUGUUGCAAUUGUCCAACAGCAGAAUCAAAAUCAAUGCGUUUGGUCUCCUGUGGUUGAUACUAAGUUGUUUACAGUCAGAACGUUUACUCUGUUUUGUAACGGAUUGUGUAAAACACACGUGCAUGGAAUUGUAAUAUUUUUUUGAAUCAUCGAGUGACAACAUCGAACAACAUUAAAAUGAACGCGUAGAAAACGU